AUGUCGUACAAGUAUACCGAGAAAUUUCAACUUAAAGAGAAACUUGAUUGGAGAACCAAUUGUUCAUUUAUAAGUCUCAUUCCAGAAAAAGAAUUAAAGAAAGUGAUCCCAAAGUUGACACUUGAGAAUCAAGGGGCAUUUUUAAAAGAUAGACAAAUAUUGGAUGGAAUUUUGGUAGCUGGAGAAUUAAUUGAUGCAAGACUAAAGAGUGGAGUUCCAGGUGUACUAUGUAAAUUGGAUUUACACAGAGCAUUUGACAAUGUUAGUUGGCACACUAUAAUACAUGUGUUAAGAGCUUCUGGAUUUGGAGAAAAGUGGAUCAACUGGAUUGAAUGGUGUGUCAACUCUGCACAACAUUCAGUUUUAAUAAAUGGUUCCUCAACUGAGAAAUUUCAACCUCAGAAAGGGUUCUCCAUAAAUAAUGGACUAGCAGUGUCUCAUUUACAAUAUGCAGAUGACACUCUAGUGUUUCUAGAUGCUAAAGAAGAAGAGGCUGAGAACCUUCUCAUCAUUUUACAGAUUUUUGAAGCAAUGACAGGGCUAAAGGUGAAGUUAUCCAAAAGUUCAAUCCUCAGUGUUGGAGCAGAUGAAAAAAUUUAG